UUUUAUGUAUUCAAGAUCAACUGAGGCGAGAGUGAGAAGGAAAAUAUCACAAAAUAUCCAAAUUCUCAUUGUAGUAGCAGCCAUGAGUUCCAUGGGUGUAUUCCGGAAAGUGGAAAUGGAUGAAAAGUCAUAUUUAAUAUACACAGACCAUCCAACCUCCUCCACUGAAGCUCUAGCUGUGGAUUCUAAUGGUGAAGACCUCCCUCACCUACCUCAUUUUUUCUGUCCUAAUGCUCGUAUAAGAUCUCAUAAGCUCAAAGUAGAGAAGAACUUUGAUGGUGUUGAUUUCUUCAAGUUUCAUCCAUUCAAUUCUUACCCUAACUUCCCAAACACAAGAAGCGGUGAUCAGCAAGGCGAAUCUUUGCUUGACUACGACCAUCACCAUGGUAUUACCUGUAAGCUCCCUGUACUUCCUCUGUUUUGGUGCAACAAUAAAAACCCUGAUUGCCAUGAGUUUAAGUGUGGUGCAUGCCAAAUGGAAACGCUUAGUGUAAAGUAUUACACAUGUCUUGAAUGUGAAGAAAAGUUUCACAAAGAAUGUGUAGAGUCUCCUCUUGAGAUUAAACACCCUUCCCAUCCUUUUCAUUCUCUUCGGCUUUACAGCCAUCCAACGCAUAUGGUGUGCAUUAGUUGUGGAAGACUUGUGUCCAACAUGUUUUAUCAUUGUGUGACAUGUGAUUUGAGUAUGGAUCCGAUUUGCGCAAUGGAACCGAUACCCUUCGUUUUAGACCAUCCAAAAAGCCAUCCUCACCCUCUCACUUUUUUCCCUACACAAGCUUCUUUAGUUUGCAAUAUUUGUUCUCUUGUUAAGAAGCUUGAUCCUACAUACAUAUGUAUUCAAUGUGUCUUCGUCAUUCAUAAAGAUUGUAUCGGUUACCCACAUGUCAUAAGAAUAUCUCGACACCAACACCGUAUCUCCUUUACCUCUUCUCUACCGUAUGGAAACUUGUCUUGUGGAGUGUGUCGUCAAGAGGUUGACAACAAUUAUGGAGCAUACUCUUGCAAGAAAUGUGAUUCUUGUUUUGUUCAUUCAAAAUGCGCAUUUCAUAGAAAUGUUUGGGAUGGAAAAGAACUCAAAGGAGUAUCAGAAGAAGAAGAUAUAAUAGAUGAUGGUGAGCCAUUUUUGAGGAUAGCUGAUGGAAUAAUACUUCAUCCGUAUCAUAAUCACUAUCUACGACUUGAGACCAGCCGAGUUUACGAUGAAAACAAGUAUUGUCGAGGGUGUGCUCUUCCAAUCUACGAAGGUCAAUUCUAUUCAUGCAUGGAAUGUGAGUUCAUCCUCCAUGAAAGUUGUGCAAAUGCUCCACGCAUGAAACGACAUCCCUUACAUCCACAUCCACUUACACUAAAUGUUACUACAAAGGAGCUUGGUAAUAACAACGAAGGCAUGUACCAUUGUUGUGUUUGUGGUCGUAACGGUACUGGCUUCUUCUAUGACCAUCAUAUAGGAGAAAGAAGAUUCCGGCUAGACUUAAGGUGCGCCUCAAUUACCGAACCCUUUGAAUAUCAAUGCCAUAAACAUCCCUUGUUCCUAGCUUCUGAGCUAGAGAGAAAGGUACGAUGUCAAAUAUGCAAAGGAAAAAGCUAUUCAAAACUAAACUGCAUGGAAUGCGAUUACAUUAUAUGUUUUCGUUGCGUUACCUUCCCAUACAAGGUAAGGUACAAGCAUGACAGUCAUUUUCUUAGAAUAUGUGAUGGGAAAAAGGCAAGUGAUGAACCAGACUGGUGUGAGAUUUGUGAAGGCAAAAUAGAAGAAGUAAAAGAAAGAGAGUCUCCGUGGGACGAAAGAAAAGAAACACGGUUUUAUAAAUGCAAUGACUACUGCCAAACGAGUCUUCACGUUGAAUGCUUACUUGGGAGAGACAUGUACAUGAAGCCUGGUCAUAGUGUAAAAGAUUACGUUUCUUUUUCUAAGCACUCACUAGGAAGUGAAGGUACGACAUGGACAGAUGUUAGGAUUCUUCUCAACAGUUCACUCUCUCGACCAAUAUGCACUGCAUGUAUGCGACGAUGUAAGUUCCCAAUAGUUUUCAAAGGCUACGAUUCAAUAUUUUGUUCUUGGGAUUGUAUUGGAUAUAACGACAUGGUGGCUGAGCAUCGAACAAGUUAAGCAGAGUUAUAG